AUGGACAAGAUCACGGAAAAAAUCGCCGCCCUGCCGGCGGACGCGGAGUACUUUUCGCUCGAAUUCUUCCCCCCCAAGACGGCCAUGGGCUUUGCCAACCUGCGGCAUCGCCUGGAAAGGAUGGAGCAGGCGUUGAGGCCCCUUUUCGUCAACGUCACCUGGGGCGCGGGCGGCUCGACGUCGACCAAGUCGCUCGAGCUGGCCGAGCUGUGCCAGCGCGAGCUCGGCCUCACGACGUGCCUUCACCUUACCUGCACCAACAUGAGCCGUCGUCUCAUCGACAAGGCGCUCGAGGACGCAAAGGUUCUCGGCAUCCGCAACAUCCUCGCCCUCCGAGGAGACCCCCCGCGCAGGGACGAGUAUCGCGACGCCGACGCCGACGCCGACUCGGAUGGUCUCUCGGACGAAUUCAACUGGGCCAUCGACCUCGUUCGCUACAUCCGUGCCAAGUACGGCGACUACUUCUGCAUCGGCGUCGCCGCCUACCCCGAAGGCCACGCCGACGAGAGCCACCCGCUCGGCCAGAGUUUCGAAGACGACAUCCCUUCCCUCCUCGACAAGGUUCGAGCCGGAGCCGACUUCAUCAUGACCCAGCUCUUCUUCGACAUCGAAGCCUACGCAAAGUUCGAGACGACGCUGCGAGACCACCUCGAGGGUGCCUUCAAGGACAUACCCAUCAUCCCAGGUCUCAUGCCCAUCCAGAGCUUCCAGAUGAUCAGGCGAACGACGAAGCUCAGCCACGCCAAGAUGCCCGAGCCGAUUCUCGAGCGCCUGAGCGCCGUCAAGGGAGACGAUGAGCAAGUCAAGCUGGUCGGCGUCGACGUCAUCACGGAGCUCAUCCAGCAGAUUCGGACGAUCAAGAGGAGCCCAACCUGCCGCCGGGGCUUCCACUUCUACACCUUGAACCUGGAAAAGGCCGUCUCCUUCAUCGUCGAAAGGACCGGGCUCAUCCCGCCGUGCUCCGAAUCCGAAUCCGAAUCCGACGAGGCCGUCUUGGACGAGUCGAAGCCGCCGACGCCCAGGAUUCAGGUGAACGGCGACGUCCCGCCCCGGACGAGUAGCCAUUCGCGCACCUCUCGGAGACCCUCGGUCGGCUCCGAUCCUCACAACAGGGUCAUCGUCGGCGACCGACGACCGACGCUGCCGGAAUGGGAGACGUCCAGCCUCGAAGCCGCCAUUCCCGCCGGACUCUUCAACUCUCGCUCCAACACGUUGGCCAUUUCAGAGGGCGAAGGCGUCCUCGGCCGCGAGGCGACGUGGGACGAUUUCCCCAACGGCCGCUUCGGUGACGCCCGAUCUCCUGCCUACGGCGAGAUUGACGGAUACGGCGUGAGCCUCCACAUGUCCGUGACGCAAGCCGUGCGACUCUGGGGCCACCCCAAGACUCGGGAGGACAUCGAUGCCAUUUUCGUCAAGCACAUCAACGGCGAGCUCGAGGCCAUUCCCUGGAGCGAGGAGGAGCUGAUGGCGGAGUCGUCGACGAUCAAGACGGAGCUCCACGCGCUGAACAGCAAGGGCUUGUGGACCGUCGCCUCGCAACCGGCCGUCAACGGCCUUCCCUCCAACGACUCGACCUUUGGUUGGGGACCCCCCCGCGGUUUCGUCUUUCAAAAGUCCUUUGUCGAGUUCUUCAUCCCCUCGGCCGACUGGAAGGCACUGCGCGACCGGUUGACGAGGCCCAGCGUCGCCGACGUAGUCUGCUUCUACGCCGCCAACGCGAGCGGCGACUUCGUGUCGUCCGACACGACGGGCGGCGUCAGCAACGCCACCGAAGCAGGCUCGAGCACCAACGCCGUCACCUGGGGCGUGUUUCCGGGCAAGGAGAUCAUGACGCCGACCAUCGUCGAGGAGGUGAGCUUCAGGGCCUGGGCCGAAGAGGCGUUUGGCAUCUGGGGAGAGUGGGCGAGCGUGUACGGGCGGGGAUCGGAGAGCGAGAAGCUCCUGAACGACCUCCGCGACGACUGCUGGCUGGUGAACGUUAUCCAUCACGAGUUUGUCGAAAAGGAGGCGUUGUGGAAGCUGCUCAUAGAUUGA